UCCCGAGGGCCCGCCCUCUGGAAACUUCUUUAGUGCAUUUUGUGAAUUGGACACACGAGUACUUUGCACUGGAGGAACAAAUGAAGGAGGCCGAGGACAAGUGAUUUCCUGCAUAUAGGGUCUAGGGUAGCCCUUCCCUGGCCAUAGAGGGAAAAUAUAUCCCUGAUCCAUAUAUUUCCGGAGACCCCGAGAGGUGAAGGGAUGCAGUAAACGCUCCCAGAGUUCCUCUGGAGUGCAGAUCACUUUUGCUGUCAAGCCACCUUUCCCUUCUUCUCAACCCUUACCCCUGCCAUAUAAGGAGAGGCAGCUGCUAGGGGCGUCCCUAGGAUCUAAAGAUAGAGGCCCUUGUGCCUCUAUCCAAAACCCACAGGGCAGCUGGAGUCACUAUGGAACGGCAGCCCGCCCGGACCCUGUGGUAUGACAGACCCAAAUAUGUUUUCAUGGAGUUUUGUGUUGAGGACAGCACCGACGUGAAUGUGCUCAUUGAGGAUCACCGCAUUGUGUUCAGCUGCAGGAACGGUGAUGGAGUGGAGCUGUACAAUGAGAUUGAGUUCUAUGCCAAGGUGAACUCCAAGGACUCCCAGGAUAAGCGCUCUGGUCGCUCUAUCACUUGCUUUGUGAGGAAAUGGAAGGAGAAGGUGGCCUGGCCACGGCUCACCAAGGAGGAUAUCAAGCCCGUGUGGCUCUCUGUGGACUUUGAUAACUGGAGAGACUGGGAAGGAGAUGACGAGGUGGAACUGGCUCAGGUGGAGCAUUACGCAGAGGCAGCCAGCUGGGGAAAUCAUCAGGGCCGGGCGGGGCUACUGAAACUCCCUAAGUAG